AUGGAGGCUUCUACAAAUUUUGUCAAGCAAGUUUGGUCUGUAGUGAGAGGUGUUGUGAAAACCAAGUCGACUGCUCUGAAAGAGAGAGCAACUGAUGUAGUGAAGUCAAAACUGGUUACUCUUGGGCUUGUCAAGAAUAAGAAGAUAUUCAAGGCAAUCUGUUAUAAGAUGAAUGUUUUGUUUCAUGCUGAGAAAGAGGAGAACAAUGAUAAUAUGGCGCUUGCUGUUUGUGCUCCUUCUGCUGCUGAAGCAAAGUAUGAACCAGCUGAGCUUGAUAAUCUGUCACAUACCCUGUUUGAGUCGCCAAGAAACUCCAUUUCUUCUAUGCUUGAUGGUCGGCUUUCUACCUGUACUGAUUUGGCAGAGCUGGAAGAUGAAAUUGAUGAUCUGGCUGACAUUUUUAUCAAAAGAUUUCAUGCCCAGAUGCGAUUUCAGAAGCAGAGUUCUUUCAAGCGCUACCUGGAGAUGCUCAACAGGGGUGUCUAAGUGCCUCUGUUUUUUCCACAGUAGAACAAAAUACAUCAGAUCCCUCAAUGAUUAUUGUAUGAAUCAUUGGACGAUUCUUAUUAG